AUGUCAAGAAUUUUUCAAGGUGACGUCCAUGGCAACCGCCAUCCUGGAGCCAAUACCGGAAGCAGGAUAUCAUCCAACAUCACUGAGCUAGCUUGCAAACGUUUACUGAAAAUAAAAAGUAUGGUCAAAUCGAAAUCCAACGGUAAAAAAUUAAACCUCGAUAUUGCUAAUAAGAUUUCAUCAAUUGGUAAUAUCCACAGCUCUAUUGGGCGAAGAACGAAAAAUACUAAAUUUACUUGCAAGUAUGAUUGUAAUAACAAAAUUGAAAUGCCAAAUAAACGAGGUCGAAAGCCGCUCUUGAUGGACCAAGCGGCCAAAUUACAAAAAUGCCGACAAUCGGCUAAAGAUUGUCGAGUACGUAAGAAGUUGCGUUAUCAGAAUUUAGCCAACGCUGUUUUAAGCCGAGAAAAUGAAAAUUUAGCUCUAUUAAAGGAAUACUACUCGGUAAUUGCCAUUUAA